AUGGCAUGGUCGGCAAAUUUUGAUGAUUUUAACAUUGAUGACAACUGGCCAUCUCCUGCACAACCACAGCUUGAUUUUUAUGUGCAGGUAAUCAUAGGUGUGGUUUUGGCAAAAGAGGAACCAAGAGCCAUCCCUAGUAAAAAAAAUCCAGGUACAGAGCUCUACCUGGUAAGCUUUACCCUGAGAGACUCGCCUGUUGACUUUAUAAAUGCAACAUGCUGGGGAAAUGAAUUGCAUAUUCAGCAAGUGGCAGAAUUGUUUCACAUUGGAGAUAUUGUUGAGAUUUGCAAUGCACAAAUAGCUUCAAAACCCUCAGAUGGAUCUGAUGAGAGAUUCAGACCUUGGACUCCAAGCUUAUAUCAACUUAAUAUUAGUGAAAACCACUCUACAGUGAAAUUAUAUGGAGGCUGGUCUGUAGAUAAGUACUAUUCACUACAAAGCAUCCCUAUCAAAGCAAGCAAUGACUUUUACACACUGGGAGACAUUAUUGCCAAUGGGCAGAAUCUGCAUAAUGCUGUAGUGAAUUUACUUGCUGUUGUUAGAUCGGUAGGGUCACCCAAAGAUAUUGUAACAAAAAAUAAAAAACACCUGAAAAGAUGUGAAGUGAAGCUUCUGGAUGAGACAUGUUUAUCUUUUCCUCUAGUACUAUGGAGUAUUGAACAGGUAAUCCUUGCACAAUCUUGGACUACACAGGAUCAAGUAAUAUUUGUGGCUGAUGCAAGAGUUAAUUAUGAUGAUUACAAGAAAUGCAUGGUUGCCACUGCAACUUCAAAGACCAUAUUCAUAUUAAAUCCUGACACAAGAGAAGCCCACAGUUUGUACACAUUUGCCCAGUCAGUUGAUACAAGUGAAGAUGAUCUAAAAGAGAUGUUAGAUGUAGCAAAUUCUGAAAUAGACCUCAACACCAUAACAAAUGUAUACAACUUAGAGCAGCUAAAAGCAAAGGUAGAACCAACAAAUGAGGGAGGCACAGAUCUUGGGAUUACUUAUGCAUAUGUUACUAACUUUGAUAUUGACGGAGAAACAGAAAAAGUCAUAGCCAGAAGAUGUACCAAGUGUAGAAUGCGCCUGGAAAAGAACAAAUUGAGUUGCAGCAAUCAAAACUGCCCCUUGGGAUUCUUGAAUGAUGACACCAUGGAAGUAGACUAUGACAUGCAGUUUGAUAUGGGCUUAACAUUAUCUGAUUGUACUGGAUCAAUGCAUUACUGCCGUGCUUAUGGCAGCGUUGUUGAGAAAAUGCUAGGAUGUACAGCAGAUGAAUUCCAGAAGUAUGAUGAUAAAAAGAAGACUCAACUCAAAUGGAAGUUUUUACUUGAGAAGUGCAAACUUUAUAUUAAGGUCACAUUACCCAGAUUUGACAGGCCAAAUACUCUUACCAGAAUAUUAGACUGUCAAGUUGCUAAUCCUCAGGAGGCCUUAGUAAACCAAAGAUAGAAUUAUGAAAGUCUCACACAUAUAUUUUAAUUUUCAAAGGAAGAGAAUAAAUAUUUAAAAAAAUGCUUUCACAUAUAUUAUGAAGUAUUCUACAAAUGGAUUUUAUUCUAUUAAAAAUUUAAUUCUAAAUAGCAUACUAGUAGAUUAUCUAAUUGUCCUUCUUUGCUUUCAUUAUACGAGACUAUAAAUGUACACCUUUCUAUGUAUAUCUAGAACAUUUGAAAAGUCCUGUUUGAAAAAUAAAAAUUUACAUGCAUGUUCAAUGUUCAACUUUUUUUUUCACCAGUUUUGUGAUAC